UGAUCGUUCGAUACAAGGUGCAAGAAGGAGCAAGUUCUUUCGUUCCGUCUAGUAUACUGUAUGUGUCUAUCUUGAUUUGUCAUGGAUCUAGUUUUGAACAUUGCAGAUCGAUACUUUCUUUCAUCAUACGUCUAUCCUUCAACAUGGCAAGAAGGUGAUAUUACAAGACAAUUUCUUUCCUUAAUUUUUAUUGUGAACAUUGGGGGAGCCAUCUUGUACCUCUCGGUUGCUACUAUGAAUUACUUCUUUUUGUUUGAUAAGCGUCUUUUGGAACAUCCCCAAAUACUGGAAAAUCAGAUCUACCUUGAAAUUAUGGUUGCUUUAAAGAGCAUUCCACUCAUGAGCCUACCUACGGUAGCUUUGUUUAUGCUGGAGCUUCGUGGAUACAGUCGUCUGUAUUAUGUGGAAAUGUCAAGACAAAGUCCAUGGAGCUGGGUCUUAGAUGUAUCCACGAGCACAAUCCUUUUCCUGUUAUUUACUGACUGUUUAAUUUAUUGGAUACACCGCGGCCUUCACCAUCGUUCACUCUACAAACACUUGCACAAGGUUCAUCAUAAGUGGAAAGUGGCGACUCCUUUUGCAAGCCAUGCAUUUCAUCCAGUAGAUGGAUUUCUCCAAUCCUUGCCAUAUCAUAUCUACCCAUUUCUAUUCCCCUUAAACAAAAUUGUCUAUCUCACAUUAUUUCUAUUUGUCAACAUCUGGACUGUGUCAAUCCAUGAUGGCAACUAUCAAGUUCCAGACCUCUUUAAGCCUUUCAUCAAUGGCRCAGCACACCACACUGACCAUCAUCUGUUCUUUGAUUACAACUAUGGCCAGUUUUUUACUUUGUGGGACAGGAUUGGAAAGUCCUUUCGUAUUCCCACAGCGUUUGAAGGAAAGGCGCCAAUAGACUAUGUCCUACACAMUAUGUCUGAUAAACAAAAAACUAACUAGAAUUGUAUUACUGAGCAGUAUAAUGGAGCAACAACAGAAUACUCUACAAAUGACAAGCAGUUGUCAGAACUCAAAGGAAUGCAUUGAUUUGUCAAAUUUUGUCCUUUUGGCACCCUAACAAAAAGCCAUAAAGUCCAAAAAAAUUUCCUACAAAAAUCUAUAUUUUCAUAUAACCUAUAAAAAGCUUAUAAGAAGUAUAGAGUCCCAUGCAAAAUUUGAGGAUUUUGCCCUCUUGAUGUUCAAAACAUGGUUCUUCAACAAAAUCUUGUAGAUUAUUCAGCGGYUUUUGAGGGCGUGCUCAUGURGGCUCAAAUCAAACUUUCCAAAGUAGGCAAGUCACCUUAAUUAAGAUGCAAUAUAAAUGAAUAAAUAAUUAAUGAGACAUCUUCUGUGUAAAAACACCAAUAAUAAUAAUAAUAAUGAGGGUGGCACUAAAUAGUGUACUACACUAAUAAACUUGUGGCCCUCAAUAUAAAACUACUAAUAUUUACAAAUUUGAAAAUAUAAAAUAUAUAUAAUAACAACUAUAAACACGAACUUAUUAGAGAAAUUGACUAUAGUAUGGUAAAACAUUACAUUAAGAUUUAAAUGAACUAUGCAUAAAUUUAACUGUGAAGCUCAGUGACACCACGCUCACGCAGAUGACGCAGCGACGCAGCUGAACAUAAAGUAAUAUACUUCAGAAACAUUGAAACGCCGCCCAUGAACACGCCGCCACCAAACUUCACAGCCAAAUUAAACAGGAAUCUAUCUAUAUUAUAAAUGAUAAAAGGUAAAAUCGAAAUGGAAUAAAAUGAAAAGAAAUUAAAAAUUAAAUUAAAAUCAUUUACUACAAAAACCUAUGAGGAAAAAAAAAAGGGGGAAAAUGUAUAAAACAUAGGGAUAACCUUGUAACUUCAAAUUCAACAUGCAAGCGUAUUACAUGCUUUUGUUCACAUGUAAUGCUUUUAAGGUGUUUUUAGUCUCACUGUUGAAUAGGUGACGUCAACUAAAUUAGAUAAGUUAUUUACUAUUUUAGCUGACGUCACCUAAAUUUGAAACUACGAGUAAACAGCUACUGAGAUCAGGGGGAGAAACGAUGAUACAAAUGAAUGUCUAUUCACUCAUUCUCUGGUAAAACAACCCCUGGAUUAGCAUGACUGUUAUUAGGUGCACUUUUACUAUUUUAGGUAACGUCAACUAAAUAGUUAUCUAAGUUAGAUAAAUGUAUCUAACUAUUCAACAGUGAGACUAUAAGCACUCUACUUUUUAAAUAUCCAURCAUAUGUAUAACUUCUUAUUUGCAUCUUGAAUAAACCAUGUAUGUAAACCAUGUAUGUAAAACKGAUAAUGAUGAAUGUGAAGCACAAAAUAACCUUAUUUUAACUACUUAUUUUUAACUAGAUAUACUUAAGGUACAUKAAUGAUUCUGCUCAAUUAAGGGAAGUGGCCAGAAAGUGUAUUGUUUAAUUUGAUAUUGUAUUGUACCAAUAGAGUGAGCACAGUAAAUCUGUGAAACUUUAGUAAUACUAUAAAUAGCACAAUUUCAUGCAAAUUCCAUUGUUUUCUAUUGUUUAAUUAGCACUAUUUUGUACUAUUUAGUAAUUAGUUAAUUAGUGUUUCACAGAUUAAUUGUUUGCACUCUUUUUAUAAUUAGCAACAUUUUUUUAAUCAAMCUGUAUAUUAGUGUAGUAUGGGGGAAGGAUGAGGUGGAUUAAGCUAGGUUAUCAGYUAAUACUUAAUUGGGCUUGCCAUUAGAAUAAAAAUAAAAAUAAAUUAACUUUG